CGUCCACCUUCUCCUAUAUAAACGGCACCGCCUUCUCCACAAUUCCCUGAAAACAGAGACGCUCGUCUCCUAAUUUAACUCUUCCCAAUAGUUUCCCCUUCUCUGCUUCCGUUCCGCGGGACCAUCUUUAAUUCCUGCAGGCACUGUAGUAGAAAGGCACUUGCAGAGAUCGAAAUGGCGACGUGCAUCGAGUGCUCGGGGUCGGUGCUGGUAGCAAAGCGCCUGUCAUUCGACGCCGACCAGGCCUUGAUCUCCGAUCCGGCCACCAUUUACAGGUUCGUCGAGUUCUCGAGGGCUUUGCAACAUGCCAAAGAUAUUGAAGAGAAGGACGAACUGUGGAUGAAGAUGAGGGAGGAGGCCAGGCGGGAUGUGGAGCAAGAGCCCGUCUUGGCAAGCUUCUAUAUGGCCACUAUUCUUUCUCACGAUUCGCUUGAGAGUGCCCUCGCUACCCAUCUCGGCAACAAGCUGGCCACACCGCACCUGCCGGCUUGCAGCCUCGCCGAUGUCUUCCUGACAACGAUUCUCGAAGACGCAGCCAUCCGGACGGCGAUUCGAGAGGAUUUGAAGGCGGUGAAGGAGAGGGACCCGGCGUGCGUUAGUUACGUCCAGUGUCUGCUCAACUUCAAGGGGUUCUUGGCGAUUCAGGCUCACCGGGUGGCUCACCGGCUGUGGAAUCAGGGCCGGAUUCCGUUGGCCUUGGUCAUUCAGAACCGGGUGUCGGAGGUCUUUGCUGUGGACAUCCACCCGGGAGCGCGGAUUGGGCAGGGCAUCCUGCUGGACCAUGCCACCGGAGUGGUGAUCGGCGAGACUGCGGUGAUCGGCGACAACGUGUCGAUCUUGCACAACGUAACCCUUGGAGGUACCGGCAAGGCCAUUGGCGACCGGCACCCGAAAAUUGCCGAUGGGGUGCUGAUCGGUGCGGGCACCCACGUCCUGGGUAACGUCAGGGUGGGAUCUGGGGCUAAGAUUGGGGCCGGCUCUGUGGUGCUGAAGGAGAUUCCGGCCAAGACGACGGCGGUAGGGAAUCCGGCGAGGUUGGUUGGUGGGAAGGACAAUCCCAUUAAGUUGACAAAGAUCCCGAGCAUGACGAUGGACCAGACCUCUCACAUAUCCGAUUGGUCCGACUAUGUAAUCUAGACUUCUCCUGCUGUGGUUUUCGCUUUUUUUUUUUUUUUUUUUUCAUUUUGAAGGUAGGGCUUUUUCCUAUACGGAAAAAAGAGGAUGGAUUAUGUACGUAACUUUUUCAAUUACGUGCGAAGCUAGAAUGUUCUCGACAUUAGUAUGA